AUGAUCAGUCCUGCCGCAAAACGCAAAGCCGACCACCUCUCCACCCCGGCCACCACCACGGACCCCAAAAAGCCCAAGGGCGGCAGCAUCACCGCGUUCUUCGGCGUCCCCAAGCCCAAGCCCAAGCCCAACGCCCUCGGCACACAGACCAACGGCACCGCCAGUGCGCUAGAGUCUUCCACGACUCGCGCGUCCAACUUUAACAAGGAGAAAUGGGUGGCAUCCUUGACCUCGGAGCAAAAAGAUCUGUUGCAGUUGGAGAUUGACACAUUGGAUGAGAGUUGGUUGGCGCAUCUCAAGGAUGAAGUCGUGACGACGGAGUUUUUGAAUCUGAAGCGGUUCUUGAAGAAGGAGAAGGAAGGCAAGGUGAAGAUCUUUCCGCCAGAGGAGGAUGUUUACUCAUGGUCCCGAUAUACUCCCCUCCACACCGUCAAAGCCGUGAUUCUCGGCCAAGACCCCUACCACAACGACAACCAAGCCCACGGCCUCUGUUUCUCCGUCCGACCACCUACCCGCGCCCCUCCGUCCCUCGUCAACAUCUACAAGGGUAUCAAAAAGAACUAUCCCGACUUUGUGCCCCCACCCAACAACGGCGGUCUCCUCACACCCUGGGCUGAACGCGGUGUCCUCAUGCUGAACACAUGUCUGACGGUGCGCGCGCACCAGGCAAACAGUCAUGCUGGUAAGGGGUGGGAGCGGUUCACGCAAAAGGCAAUUGAUCUUGUUGCGCGCGUGCGGAGUAAUGGGGUGGUGUUUUUGGCGUGGGGAAAGCCUGCGGGGUUGCGGGUAGCCAAGGUCAACAAGGCGAAGCAUUGUGUCUUGCAGUCGGUGCAUCCGAGUCCGUUGAGUGCGCAUGGUGGAUUUUUUGAUAACGGGCACUUUAAGAAAUGCAACGACUGGCUCGCGGAACGAUACGGCGAAGACGGAAUCAUCGAUUGGAGCUUGACGCCGACCAAGAAGGCGGCUGGCCAUCCGCCAUCUGCACCGACUCCGGUCGGAGGCGCAGGAAAAGAAAACUCCACGCCGUUGACCGAUGCACUUAAUUCGGCAUCGGCGGUGGAAGCAGCGAAGGUGGAGAAGGCGGGUCAAUUGAGCACUAGUGCCGGAGCUGAGGACGAUGAGUUUGAUGAUGCGGAUGCGCUGGAAGCUCUGGUUGAAGCGGAAAAGGAGGAUGUAUUGGAGGCGGAAGGGGAGAACACGAAGAAGGUUGUAUAA